UCCCGGACUUGCUGCACUAACAUCCAGGAAGAAGUUUCAAGGAUUAGCUCUUUGUGCCUCAUUUUUCUUCCGAAUCAUGUCUUCAGAGUUGCCUACACUUUUGCAAGAACACCAGAAAAUGAACAAAUCCCAGAAAUUCCAGGCAUCAGUGUCAUUUAAGGAUGUGACUGUGGGCUUCACCCAGGAGGAGUGGCAGCAUCUGGACCCCACUCAGAGGUCCCUGUACAGAGAUGUGAUGCUGGAGAACUACAGCAACCUUGUCUCAGUGGGGUAUUGUGUCACCAAACCAGAAGUGAUCUUCAGGUUGGAGCAAGGAGAGGAGCCAUGGAUAUUGGAGGAAGAAUUCCCAAGCCAGAGACUCCCAGCCAUCUGGAAACCUGAUUACAUGACAGAGAUGAGCCAAGAAAACCAGUUUCACCAUGUCUGGAAAGUUGUAUUCAUGAAUAACAAAACACUGACUAAAGAACGAAGUCAUGUAAUACGAAAACCAUAUAGCUUGGAUACAGAUUCUUUUUCUUCCAGAAAAAUACUCUGUCAAUGUGACUCAUGUAGAAUGAGUUUCAACUAUAUUUCAGAAUUGAUUAUCAAUAAGAAAAACUAUAUAGGAAAGAAGACUGAUGAAUUUAAUGCUUGUAGAAAGUUACUAUUCAAUAUUAUAUAUGAAAAAACUCAUACUAGAGAGAAAAGUGAAUUUUUUAAAAAUGGGAAAACUUUCAGUCAUGAUGAAGACCCUGCUCAACAUGAGAAGGUUCAAACUUUGCAGCGAAAUUCUGAAUUUAACGUAUAUCGAGAAAGCUUUUAUGAAAAGGCACGAUUUAAUAUAUACAAGAAAGAGAUCACAGAUGGGAAUGAUUGUGAGUAUAAUGAAUAUGGGAGAACAUCCUGUGAGAACCCAUCCUUCUUAUUACAUCAGACAAUGUCCUUAAAGGAAAAUCACUAUGAAUUUAGUGUUUGUGGGAAAUCAUUAUGUGUGAAUGCUACACUUUUAAAGCAUCAUGAGUCACAUAUGAAACACUGUGAUUAUAAUGAAAGUGGAAAUAAUUUCAGGAGGAAGUUAUACCUCUCACAACGUCAGAAAACUCAUAAAGGAGAGAAACACUUUGAAUGUAAUGAAUGUGGGAAAGCUUUCUGGAUGAAGUCACACCUCACUCGACAUCAGAGGAUACAUACAGGACAGAAAAGCUUUCAAUGUAGUGAAUGUGGGAAAAAGUUUUGGGAGAAGUCAAACCUCACUAAACAUCAGAGGUCACACACCGGGGAGAAACCCUAUGAAUGCAAUGAAUGUGAGAAAGCCUUCAGCCACAAGUCAGCCCUCACAUUACACCAGAGAACACAUACAGGGAAGAAACCCUAUCAAUGUAAUGCAUGUGGGAAAACUUUUUACCAGAAGUCAGACCUUACUAAACAUCAGAGAACACACACAGGCCUGAAGCCCUAUGAAUGCUAUGAAUGUGGGAAGUUCUUCUGUAUGAAUUCACAUCUCACGGUGCACCGGCGAACUCAUACAGGUGAGAAACCCUUUGAAUGCCCUGAGUGUGGGAAAUCUUUCUGUCAGAAGUCACAUCUUACACAACAUCAGAGAACUCACAUAGGGGAUAAACCCUAUGCAUGUGAUACAUGUGGCAAAGCUUUCUACCAAAAGUCUGUCCUCACUAGGCAUCAGAUAAUUCAUACGGGGUUGAAACCUUAUGAAUGUUACAAAUGUGGAAAAACCUUCUGCUUGAAGUCUGACCUCACAGUACAUCAGAGAACUCACACAGGGGAGAAACCCUUUGCAUGUCCCGAAUGUGGGAAAUUCUUCAGCCAUAAGUCCACCCUCUCUCAACAUUAUAGAACACAUACAGGGGAGAAACCCUAUGAAUGUCAGGAAUGUGGAAAAAUAUUCUACAAUAAAUCAUACCUAAUAAAACAUAAUAGAACACAUACAGGGGAGAAGCCAUAUGAAUGCAGUGAAUGUGGGAAAACCUUCUGCCAGAAAUCACAGCUCACUCAGCACCAGAGAAUUCACAUAGGGGAGAAACCCUAUGAAUGUAGUGAGUGUGGAAAGGCUUUCUGUCAUAAGUCAGCUCUAAUUGUACACCAGAGAACUCAUACAGAUGAAAAGCCCUAUAAAUGUAGUGAGUGUGGCAAAUCUUUCUGUGUGAAGUCAGGACUUAUUUUACAUCAGAGAAAACACACAGGGGAGAAACCCUAUAAAUGUAAUGAAUGUGGGAAAUCAUUCAGUCACAAAUCAUCCCUCACAGUGCAUCACAGGGCUCACACAGGAGAGAAGGCUUGUCAAUGUAAUGAAUGUGGGAAAAUUUUUUACCGUAAAUCAGACCUUGCUAAACAUCAGAGAUCACACACAGGGGAGAAGCCCUAUAAAUGUAACAUGUGUGGAAAAUACUUCUCGCAGAAGUCAAACCUUAUUGUACAUCAGAGGACACACAUGGGAGAAAAUUUUAUGAUUGAAGUGCAUAUUAGAAAUGUUGAGCCACAAUUCAGCACCCACUACAACUCAGAGAGUUCACGCUGUGGAGAAAGUUCUGUUGAUUUUCUGAAUAAAGUAACCUUCAUCCACAAACUAGCCUUAUUUUACUCCAAAGUGAUGAUAUGGGACAAACUAAUAGACUGCAACAAAAGGAGGACAGUGUUGUUAAGAAGUAACAUUCAAUUGAAUGUCAAGUAACUACUGGUAUAAAACCCUACAAAUGUUUUGAUUUUGUUAAAGUUUUUAGCAAAAAUUCAAAGUAGGUUAUGUCAAAAUUUAUAUUGGGGACAAAUCUGUCAAUUUGAGACCUAUAGUUUGAAAAUUUUCUUUAGAUGUAAUGUAGUAUUAAUAAUUGUGUUUUUGUUUUAAUGUCAUAAACUGUAAUUUAUAGAUUUAUAUUGUACAAUGUACAGCUUUAAGACAAAACAAAAAGAAAUAGCAAAAUGAAAAAAGAGAAUCACAAGAAGUUGCAAUAAUAGUAUAUAGAAUUCUCCUGUGCCUUUCACCAAGCUUCUUCUAAUGAUUAUAUCCUACCUAACUAUAUUAUGUUCUCAAGUAAUUGAAGCGACCCUACUUCUUUGUCAGAUAAAGAUCAUAUUCAUAUUUCCCCCAUCUUUACAUACACUAUAUGUGUUUGUGGUUCUAUGAAAUUUCAUCAUUUUGAAUAAUCAUCAGCAUAGUCAGGUUACAAAAUAAAAAAGAAAUCUGAAAUCAGUAUUUCAUCAGGUUUACAAAGGAAUAAAGAUUUCACCACGA